AUGACCCCAACAAUUGGAGAACUAUUAAAGGAGUACGAUUUUGACCCUUCCCUCAUCGACAGAGUCGCUUUUCGCAAACACAGACAGCCCAUUGCCAUUGUUGAACCCGAUCCCGCAUGGCCAGAGCAUUUCGCCCGCGCCAAAGCGCGCAUUGAAUCCGCCAUCGGCGACACAGCAGUCUCAAUCAACCACGUUGGCUCAACCAGCGUCCCGGGUCUGCCAGCAAAAGCCGUAAUUGACAUUGACCUAACCGUCAAAGACAUCAACGAUGAAGCUUCCUAUGUAGAUGCACUUGAGAACGUUGGCUUCCAUUUUCUUGUCAGGGAGCCGGGAUGGCAUGGACAUCUCUUCUUUUGCGAUUAUGAACCUGUGCCGACAAAUCUGCAUGUUUGGGGACCUGGAUGCCCUGAGGUGGUGAGACACAAGAUCUUUGCGGAUUGGUUGAGGAAGAAUGAGGAUGAUAGGAAGGCCUAUGAGAAUAUCAAGAGGGAGGCUGCGAAGGCAAGUGUUGAGAAUGGGGAGGAUGUCAUGGAGUACAAUAAUAGAAAGCAGAAUGUCAUUCGUGAGAUUCUGCAGAGGGCGUUCAAGGAUCUGGGAUACCUAUAG